UCAAGUGGUGUUGUAGAGGUUCUGGGUUUCCAAUCGCUGGUUUACUUUUUUCCCUGUGUGAAGCUGCUCUGGCCUAAGUCACUGUAAAGUCUCUCUUCUUGCCCAGCUCAGUGCUACCAUUGCCAGGGUCUGGCUGUCAUUCUCCCAAAGCCACCUUUUCACCUCUCGAUUCUGACUGGAUUUGCGCAGCAAAAGGAAAGCCAUGUGGGGUUGCAGCUAUUUUGUUGGUGUUUUCCUGAUUUCAGUUUCAGCGUCGAUCCAGAAAGUAUAUACAGAAUAUAGAAUGGUGAACCAGGAUAUAUCCUUCUCUUUUAAGAGUCCCAAAGGUACAAUAGAAAUAGUCUGGAAGUUUAGACAUGACAAGAUCGUGGACUGGUCAGAUCUGUCCAAAGAGCCUGUAUAUUAUCAGCCGUAUAGAGGAAGAACUGUGAUUAACAAAAACACUUUAUCAAUCAAUGAAUUAAGGAAAGAAGAUGUCGGUAUCUACACAUUGGAAUACACAUUUGAAGAUGGCAAUACUGAAGAGUUUAAGUACAACCUAACGGUACUUGACCCACUUUCAAAGCCAAAGAUUACAUGCAACGGGAAUCUUUCUGUUGUUCAUAUGAUUUGCAACAAAAAUGUUACUUCAAAUGAAGACUUAGUUAAAAUAAAGUGGAUAUACAAAAGAGUGGAACUCCAGGACAAUGAUCCCAUUACUGACCAUUUACUGGUAAUAAAAGAUCCCUUAAAUAACAAGGGAGCGUAUGUUUGUAUUGUAAACCAACCAGGAAAUAGUGAAGAAAGCGAUCCUUUUCAAAUGGAGGAUUGUGACGGGGUUAUGUAUCAACGCCACCGCUAUUUCAUCUUUUUCGUUUUAAUUCCACCAUUUUUAUUGGUAGGAAUAGCACUAGUAUAUCAAUCAAUUUCUAAACAUGUGGCUUAGUUAUGUUGUAUAAAACGUGCUACAAAUUGGAAUAAGUGUAAAGCAGCUGAUAACUCUGGGGAGGAAAGAGACCAUCACCAGCUUGAAGAAGAUCCUGUAACAUAAUUGAUCAACUGCUGAGAAGAAAGUUUAUGCGCCUGAAGAACACAUUGUAUAGAAUUUUUGUUUGUGUUGGCCACUGAGAAGGUUCUACGUUUAAGCCCCACGUCAGGAUUAUCGACUCAGGCUUGACUGACACUUCAG